GUCCUGGAAAGCUGUGCAGCUCUUUACCACAGCUCUUGUUGUGAGCAGUUUUUUUUCUCUUUUCUGCAUUUUCUAAUGAAUUUGCCCUCAACGCAGUCACAUUUGAAUGACAGAGACUAAAAGGCACUUCCUGGGGAGUCACGAACACACUUGCGAGAAAGAAAUGGAGAACUGAUUUACAUCAAGCUGCACUCCAUUACUCCUCCUCACUGGAUCAAACUGGCAGCGAUGCAGCUUGGUCAUCCAGUCACCAUCAGCACUUCUCUCCAAAUCCCUCCCCAACCUCAGAGUCUGAUAUUCAAGAGCCCACACCCAUUCCUGCUAGACUCCAUCCAGCCCGUGUUGGUCAGGGCUAUCAUCAAUCCAAAACGGGGGAUGGAGGAACCUCUCCAGCCGCAGACUCCACAAAGCCCCAGUAACUGCAGCUCAUCGGGACCUGGUGGGAAAUCCUGCUGGAGUUUAGACCUGAGGGUGGCUAUUCUUCUGCUUACUCUGGCAGGAGCAGUAAUCCUCCUGCUGCUGUACAGACUGUUACAGCUAAGACACAGGCUGAGGAUGGCCAGAGCGAGGCAUGCUUUGGAGUACACCAGCUUCUACCACAGUGGCACCUACACACUCAAACACCCCACACCUUGUCAGGAGCUGCCAGAGAAGAACGGGGCAGUACCUGAAGACACUGCACCACUCCAAACCAUAACCUCAGUGACACCUGCUGUCAUCACCCCAGUGCCACCUCCAUCGCUGCCCUCACCGGUACCCCCUCCACUGCCACUCCCCCCACCUCCUGUCCUACCACGUCCACCUCUUCACCCUCCAGUUUCUCUCCCUCCGACACCCCCUGUCCUGUCACUCCCUCUUCCCGUGCCUGUCAUCCACACCACCCCGCCCAGCCCUCACCUGUCAUGGGGUGCCUGCUCAGAUGCCGAUGUUUAUUCUCGGAUUGGGACUUUCAGGUCAUCCAGGCUUUCCAACCUCUCCAACCAGUCGACGGUCAUCCUGUUUGAACACUCAUCUGUUUGAACUCUCACAGAAUGUGUGUGAUCUCCUCAAGGAGUCUGUGACUGUGACAGGGAUUACAAGAUGUUUCCUGUACUCUAUGUUUGUGUGUGUAAUAUACAGCAAAAUAUAAGAAGUUAACGUUUCAAAACUUUAAAACAUGAAGUUUGCACUUUGUCAGCCACUGAAAGGCUUUAUUGACAAAAAAAGAAAAAAAGGCAGAUGCAAUAAAAUUGCAAUUUAAAUGAAAACACCUCUAUUAUAACCAUGUUUUUUUUUUAAACUGGAUUGUGAGGUCAGGAGGACAGAUGAAACCCUCCACUUGUCCAAGAAGCAGGACUAAAAAACUACCAAUAGCAGAUGAACAGUAUGUAAAACAGGGCUUAUGAAUACAUUGACUUUUUGGUGGAGGAUUUCAAGAGCGAGUUACAACAGUGAACAUCUACAGUCAUCUGUUAAACAUGGCAGAAGGUUGCAUUUCAGUCAGUGGUGUCAGAGAACGUGUUAAAGUUGAUGUGAAUGCAAAGAAAGCACAGCCAGAUCCACCAAUCAGUACCAUUUGGAAACAUCUGAUUGACAACAGCUUCAUUUCUCAGCAUGACAGGGAUCCCAUGAAAAGAAAAAAAUUAAGAAUUUGAAAAUUCAUCGAUUAUAAUGAUUGUAUUUUAGAGUUUAAAAUAGUUUGAUCAAAGACCUUUCAAUCCUGGUGGAUUAACCAUUACAGAAACAUAAAAAAAAUAAAUAAAUUACCUAUGCUGUUAAUUUAGGGCAGAUAUGGCAUAACCCUUGCAUUUUGUGGUGGCCUCAUAAGUUUGUUAAGCACUGUAUAACGAGUCCAUCACCAGGUAGUUAGUAACACAUUUCUGUGUUUUCGUUGUGUGACCACAUUCAGGUGUGAAUAAGAAAUUCUGCAUUACAUACUUCAUCGUGCAGAUUGAGAAAAUACACACCUCGUUAUUUGUCUUAAAAUAUUGUAAUGUAAAAAAUAAUAAUAAUAAUGACAUUUUUAAAUAUUAAAAAAAUAACCAUGAUCCCUAGUCACUUUAGCUCUCUAGUGAUCACCUAAUGAUUAACUCACUAUUACUUUCUGGCUCUUUCUGUGGCUCCUUAAUGAGCAUCAUAACUUACAAAAUGAUCAUUUUGUUUUCUUUAAAACUCGACGACAGCGUUUAGGAAAAUGUUCACUACCAUCAUAAAUCAAGAGACCUGUAGGUUCAUUUUCUCAUAUUCUCCUGUACAUUCUGAUGUUUAAUGGCCUCCUGAGUUAGAAAUAUGGGAUUAAUGUCAAUACCAUCCUUCCAGCCCUCUCACCUGGAUGCUGUUAGUCUCCUAAAAUGAGACUGUUAUCUCUUAGUGGCCAAUACUGCUGCAUCCUUCCAUGAAAAAUGGGGAUUCAAGUAAACAGUGCAUGUAUCAUCAAAUUUUAAGAGCAACUUUAACUAAUGAUAGAAGUCAUGUAUAUGUAUAACCAUGUAUAAUUUCUGCUGCAUGAAGUAGUUCUGAAGUUUGAAGGAUUCUUAAAGUGGAUAUGCAACAUUUCAAAAUGAAAAACUUUGAUUAAUAUUCAACACAUCCAGAACACAAACACAUUCAUAUUCAUCCUUGCCUGACAUUUCCUCAUUUUAUUUAAUUGCCUCUGCUGUAUAUUGUUACAAAUGUCUUUCCUCCUCAGCUUACAACCACUUACAAGACAUUGCAGAAGAGCAUGCACAGAUUGAAUUAACUGGCUUUUAGAAUGGAGACCGUGACCCCACGAGCAGACUUGGAUGCAGAAAUGACUAAAGAUACAGCUCACACAAGGUCUCGGUUUUCACCCCAGCAGGCAGAGAGCAACAAACAACCAUCAACUAAAACAGCUUCCCUUUACAAACUAAUGUUGAAUUAUAAAUGAGAGGUUGGUUGGGAAAAACAUAUUGAAAUAUUGAAGAAAAAUUCACCUUGUUAAUGUGGCCAUUAAGAUCACCAUAGAAACAAGAUGUUAGAUGUCAGAUGUUACCCUUGUGCCAAUGGGGCUUUUUAAUCUGUGCUAAGUUCAUCCACUGGGGAAGAGCACUAAUAAAUUAGUUAACAGUUGAGCGAUUGCAUUGUUAAACAUACGGUUUAAUAAUCAUGUUUGAAUUUGUUACAGUUAAAGGCUUAUAUUACUAAAUGAAGCAAAAGCCUAUGAUACAGUAAGCGAGAGACAGAGAGAGAGAGAGAGAGAGAGAAAGAGAGAGAGGGGGGGGAAACACUUGGAUGCAAAGAAUGGUGUGAAACAGGGAGGGACGCUGCCAUGAAAACCCAGCUCAGGAAAUACCUCCCAACUGAGGAAACAAUGAGCUCUGCUACUGCAACAACUCAGUAAAAAUGGUUAAGAUAAACAGGUUAGGAGUGCUAUGUUUCCAAUCUGGCAGUAGUUUAUUUAUUACAAACCACUUGAGUUUUGCAUUGUGGAGGGCACCCUGAAGUAAUUAAGUGCAUGUUGUUAUUCAUGCAAAGUAAGAAGAUAUGUCAAAAGUUGUCAGUAUUCCAGUUAUCGGCAUAAAAACUAGACUGAAAAUGAGUGAAAAAGCAACCAGUGCCCCCAAAAAGCUUUGAAAGAUCAUGAAAAAGCCAAGAGACAGACAUAAUUGUUCUUUUCAAACUGCUCAGUCUAGCUGUAACUUAGCUGCACAAAUCUAGUGAUAGUUCAAAUCUCAGCGCAGGGAAAUUUGAUUAAUGAGGCAAACUGACCUCUACAGGCAAUAUUUGAUGCUGGUGUGUUUUGUUGCUUACAGUGAAUUUCCUGUUUGGCCAGAUAAAGCUUUCUGCUUAGCCAGCAUUAGCUUAAGUAAUAAAGUGGACAACUUGGCAUUCGUUGUAGCAGCUAGCUGGCUAACAUUAUCUCUAGAAAAAUGCUGUCUCUAGCCACAACAAUCUUCAUUGUCCUUAGUUAGUGAUCAAUGGACUCCAUAAGCUAUCAUAAACUACUGCUGCUCAAUGAUGAAAAUGCAAACAGAUGUGAUUUUCUUUAAAAAAAACAGAAAAGAAAAAAGUAGGGAACAAAUAAAAAACAAGCAAGCAAACAAAAAUAGCUAAGAGGCUGUUAGAGGAAACUGUAUGUCAGUGUGAUACAAGCCAAUUUAAAUGCUCCCAUUUUCAUAUUAACAUUCACAUCAGAGUUAUUAGUAGUGAAAUACUGAAGUACUCCUAUUCGUUAAGUUAAUCACUGAAUAGCAUAUUACUUGUGCUACAAACCACUGGAUUAAAAACAUAUAAACUAUUAGGAGGUAGAUGAGGGGAGCACCUUCUGUCUGAGGAACGAAACAGCUUGUUUAGGAAUAGAUCAAUUUUAAUUACAUGUACACCGAUCAGCUCAGCAGCCACAACUGAUCCCUAGAAGGUCAGCUGAAUUGAUUAUCUCUACACUGGAUUUAAGGGAACCUUAUGAGAUUAGGUAAGAUCACAAUCUUAUUUCCUGCAAGAAUUUCUUUCCCAAAAGGUAACAUGGGUAGCACAAGUGCAUGUUCUUCUGCAAGGUGGCAUAUUUUGUAGAAAUAUGUGACUAUAUAGCUAAUGAAUGUUGUCUCUUGGUGUGUGUUUUUUUUGACAAGAAAUGUUUAGAUAGAAUGAAAGAUAGAUAGUUAAUGAAUAUAAUUCAUAUAGACUGUCAUGGGCCUUUGACCCAACAUUUUGAGUUUUGGAAUGUUUUGAGUUUUCUGUGAGCUCAUGAGCUCUAUAUCUAAUUCUUUCAACAUUACAGUGUCUCCCUUUGGUUCCAGUCUGCGUUCCUCAUUAGGUUAUGCAGUCUUUAGUUAUAAUCUUUUGUGAUCCCUUUCUGUUCUCCCAGUCAGUCAUGUCUCCAUGUUUGUUCAUCCCCUGUCACUGUGUCACGUUCACGUGUUUCAGUCGUGGGUUCAGUCUUUGUUACUUCCUGUUUUAUUUUAAUAGUCUCUUGUCCCGUGUGCAUUAUGUUCAGUCCUGCGUCCUCUUGUCUCGUUAGUCAGAUUCCAUCCAGCUGUGUUUCCUAUCGUCCUGAUUACCUGGCGUGUAUACACUGUCUGAGUGUCCACUUUGGUCUUUGUUGUGUUGUUGUGUAAUCCCUCGCACAAUGUUUUUUCAUUGUUUUUUGUCUUAUUUUUGUACUUUUAGUUAAUAUAACCACCUUUUAGUUUAGCCCUUGUGUUUCUUAUCAACUUUUUGUGCCAAAAUCUAACAUAAAACAACAAAAAAAACCAACAUUAAAAAUGUGAAAUCA